AUGAAUUUUGGGGAUUUUCUUGACAGCCACAGCCACAUCACUCCCGCCGCCGCCGGCUCGCCUAUUUACACCACCAAAAACGGCAUCUUAAACAGCGGCAACCCCACUACCACCGACAUGCCCUCGGCCGCUGCCCCGCCGCCCCACCACCACCCCUUCUCCGGCAAGACCACGUUCAACUCCUCCGGCCUCUCUCUCGCCAUCACACAGCUAGAGAGGCAUGAAAACUCGAUCCUCCGGCAAGAAAAUGACAAACUCCGGGCCGAGAACAUGUCUAUACGUGAGGCCAUGAGAAACCCCAUCUGCACAAACUGCGGCGGGCCCGCCGUUAUUGGUGACCUCUCCCUUGAAGAGCAGCACCUCCGAAUCGAAAACGCCCGACUCAAGGAUGAGCUCGACCGAGUAUGCUCCCUCGCCGGAAAAUUCCUCGGCCGGCCCGUCUCAUCCCUUCCUGCCCCGGGCCUGGACAUCGGGCCCAUAAACCCGGCCCCGCCUGCAAUACCGGGCGGCGAGUUCAUUGGGGGGAGCGUGGGCCCCGCGUACCUGGAGCUGGCUUUAGUUGCAAUGGACGAGCUGUUGAGAAUGGCAAGGCCCGACGGGCCUUUGUGGGCCUUGGAUGGCGAGAGGGAGGUACUUGACCGGGCCGAGUAUUUGAGGAAUUUCAGCCCGUGUGUUGGGAUCAGGCCCGAAGGGUUCGUGAGCGAGGCUUCGAGGGAGACUGGCAUGGUCAUCAUCAACGGAUUGGCACUAGUCGAGACGUUGAUGGACUCGAACAAAUGGGCAGAGAUGUUUCCUUGUGUGAUUGCAAGGGCUUCAACUACAGAUGUGAUCUGUAGUGGAAUGGGUGGAUCAAGAAAUGGUGCUCUUCAGUUGAUGAAUGCUGCAUUCCAAGUCCUAUCGCCAUUGGUGCCGGUUCGUGAGGUCGAUUUUCUUCGAUUUUGCAAGCAACAUUCGGAGGGUGUGUGGGCCGUGGUUGACGUGUCCAUCGAUGCCCUACGGGAAAAUUCGAGCGGGCCCACAUUUCGAACUUGUCGGAGGCUACCGUCUGGUUGUGUGGUGCAAGAUAUGCCCAAUGGCUAUUCUAAGGUAAACUUCCCAUAG